CUUCCAAUUACAAUUUGCGGUUUUGUCUCUUAAUUGCAUUCAAUUUAGUUUACAUCUCAUGCAAAGUACAUCUAGACUGCGAAAUGACCAAUCAUCCAAGUCAAUAACAUGGUCUAUUAACAUAAGUAGAAUGAAUUCACUAUUUUGAAUAAGGUACAAAGUAGUUACUAAUUAGAAGGUUCAUAUAAGUCGAAGCCUGUAAAAUCAUAUCGAAAAUUGUACCGAAAAAAGUUAGUAAUUUAUGUUGGGACAGUGGUUCCACUAUUUGGGCACCAUACAUUUCGCUGAAGAUAAAGCAACUAGACAGACAGAAAAAAACGAAAAGAUGAGCAGGCAUUUCGUGCUAGUCCAUGGCGCCUGCCACGGAGCCUGGUGCUGGUACAAGGUGAUCGCCGACCUCAAACAAGCCGGCCACAAGGUCACCGCUCUGGACCUGGCCGCCUGCGGGAUCGAUGGAAGGCAGGUGGAAGACCUCCAUUCUUCCAUCGUCGAGUACUCCGAGCCGCUGCUCACCUUCAUGGAUUCCUUGCCGCCGCCGCCGACGGCCAGUGACGAGAAGAAGGUGGUUCUGGUGGGUCACAGCUUGGCCGGCCCCAGCUUGUGCAUUGCCAUGGAGAGGUUUCCCGAGAAGAUCUCUGUGGCUGUCUUUGUUGCUGCCAAUAUGCUGGGACCUGAUUUGACCUACAAAAUGGCUGAUCAGAAGUAUGCUGAAUUGUCGCCAACGGCGGACCCAAUGGAUUCUGAAGUGAUAUAUGGGAAUGGCCCAAAUGAACCUCCAACAGCGUUCUUGCCUGGUCCCAAGUACCUGGAGAAGCACACCUACCGCUGUUCUCCCAGCCAGGAUCUGGAGCUGGGAAUAACGUUGGUGAGGCCAAGUCCUGCGUGGGACGCAGGAAAAGCUGCAGAAGAGACGGUGCUGACGAUGGACAGGUAUGGAACGGUUGCUCGAGCGUACGUUGUGUGCGAUGAAGAACAAGACGGAGCUUUCCAAUGGUGGGUGGUCGAGAACAACCCUCCGGAUGAACACUUCGUGGUUCCUGGUUCUGAUCACAUGGUCAUGUUUUCGCAACCUCGCCUGCUGUCGCAGUACCUCCUUGAACUCGGAUCCAAAUACAUUUGAUCUAUGAACAUAUAUCAUCACCAUGUAAGUUCAGGAACCAUGAAGAGAGAAACAAUCUUGAAGGAAAAUAGACAGUUGAAGGGGAUGGAUCUUCCAGUCCAUGGAUAUUGAUUCUGAUUGAACUUUCUUCGGCGGGCAGUGUUACAGCAAUGAUCGAUCGAGUUCUGCUGUAUUGUACGAAACCAGGUAGGGGAAAAAGUUUGACGGUAAAAAAAGAAAAGGAUUGCAACCACAACCACCUAGUCUAGUUUUAGUUGUGCCACACAGCAAAACAUGGAUUACAAAUCAAAAUCAAAUGACCAAUGACCUUCCAAAAGAUGUCAAAACUCUCAAAACCAUUAAGCAACCAUCCUUGUGCAUAACAAGUCAUCCAUAAACAAACAUCAAAACACAAAUAAAUAAAGUAGAAGUCUGGUCUCAAAAUUUGGAAACAACAAAAGCAGAAACAAAAGCAAAACAGAAAC